AUGAUGUUCGGUAAAGUGAUUUUAUUAUUGUUCUGUUUGGUACAAUAUUCAAUGUGUGGAGCAGUGGAAUCAGGAACUACUGAUUCUACAACAGAUACAACACACCAUAUACAUACAACAACACCUACAACACCGACGACAAUAACGAAUGAAGUCAAUCACACAGUGCAUGAACUGAAUGUCACUAUUAAUACUACUACUACUAAUACUACUAAUACUACAACAACAGAUGAAUUAUAUCAAACAACCGAUGAACUACGCGAAACACCAGUCAACUACUCAAAUGAAACAACUGAAACAAUACUCACUGAAAUGAAUACAAGUCAUCUUAUGGAGAUGAAUGAAACAAUGACAACCAUUCAAUCGGAACUAUUAGUUACAUCGGAAAAACUAUUAAAUCUAACUACUGAUGCACAAUGA